UCAAAUGGGCUAAAAGCCUAAACGAACUGUUUAUUAGUCAUCACUCGGACCUGAAUUAGAGGGCAUAUGAAGGAAGAAAUUUAGGAGAUAGAAAAAGGGAGAAGCACAGAAGAAAAACAGAAAGAGAAUGGCAAGGAUAUGGAUAUGGCUGGAAGCAGCACUUCCCCUGGGGAUCAUAGCUGGAAUGCUCUGUGUAAUGGGCAAUGCUCAGUAUUUCAUCCAUAAAGCUUAUCACGGCCGGCCGAAGCACAUCGGGAACGAUAUGUGGGACGUCGCCAUGGAAAGAAGGGACAAAAGGCUCUUGGAAAAUCCCUCCUCCUCCAAUUGAUCUCGUCCUGAUUUAGCACUGGUACUUGCUUUUCUUUCAAAUUUAAUUUCACCUUCUUUUUAGUUUCACUCACGUUUUCUAUUUAUCUCUAUCGCCGUUUUUCAUUCAUUGUAUUUGAUUUCAUCAUAGAUCAGUUUGUUAGGGUUUUCAAUUCAAUUCUUUUUUUCUAUUUAUUUUCAGUAAUUUCUAUCUCUAUCUGCUGGAUCAUCCACAUUUUCUAUGCAUUUACUUCUGCACCAUGCUUGGACUUCAAUCAUAGUGUACCAAUUUUCUAACACUAAACAUAUAAUGUUGGUAUUCCUUUCCAUCAAGAUGCAUUGAUCAAUGGACUAAAUGUCAGUGAAUUAUAGUUAUAAUAAGAAAAAAAGUUGUAAGUGCAUAGAUGAAUUUAUUAAUCGUGUACCAAUUACCGAUUCAGUGGAGUAAUGACUUUCUCUGCCACCGUAUGUAUAUAGGAUUU